UCUGUUAGUGGCCCCCUUAGCAAAAUUUGUAUCGUUGAUCACCGCCUCAUUUGCAACGAAAAUAUGGCAUCUCUUCCUCAGUCAGGCGCUCUGCUUCGGUCUCGGAAUGGGAUUUCUGUUUGUCGGGACAAGCGGCAUCCCCGCGCAAUGGUUCCGUCGCCGACGCAGUCUAGCCAACGGGAUAACUGCAGCAGGCUCAGGCUUUGGUGGAUUAAUCUAUUCCCUCAUCACAGGUGCUAUGCUAGACAAGAUAGGACUUCGCUGGACCUUUCGUUCUCUUGCGAUUAUAUGUCUGACAAUGAUCGCCAUUGCAGCCAAUCUUCUCCGAGACCGGGACCAAGCAGUUGGUAGCCAACAUCGAGCCUUGCAGGUGUCAAAAUUCCGCCAGCCCAGGUUUAACUUCUUUGUCGUGUGGGGAUUUUUCAGCAUGUUAGGUUAUGUCAUUCUCAUUUUCAGUUUGGCUGAUUUUGCUCAGGCGGCUGGCCUCUCUGCGCAUCAAGGCAGCAUUACAAGUGCCAUGCUGAAUCUGGGCCAGUGUAUAGGCCGACCAUUGACAGGCUGGAUCAGUCUAAAACUUGGCCGAAUGAACAUCGCCGCCGCCUUCACUGGCUUGGCCGGGUUUCUCUGCCUGGUCAUGUGGACCCAGACGACUAACGCGGCGGGAAUUUACAGUUUCGCGAUAUUGGCUGGCAUGGUUGGGGGAACGUUCUGGGCAAUGGUGUAUGCUGUACUGGUUGACAUUGUCGGCUUGAGCGACCUGCCCAGCAGCUUAAGUUUGACAUGGGUGGUCUUGUUCAUCCCCUGCACUGUUGCUGAGCCAAUCGCCCUUAGUCUGCGGAAUAGCCUGAAAGGUCUUGCAGCAUAUCUCCCCGUUCAGCUGUUUACGGGGUUCAUGUAUCUUGCCGCCGCGUUGGCUCUUUUGGUGAUGAGAUUAUGGAAUAAUAGUGGUGGAACCAAUAAUCAUCGCAACAACGGAGACUGCAAUGCAGUCAGCGUCGAAACUCCAUCCUGGCAGCUAGACAAACCAGAAGCACCUGCUGAAACUGGAAUAGGGUAUUUCAGCCAUGAGCACUGGCGAUGAAAUCUUAAAGAGAGAUUAUGUAACGUCACAUCAUUAAUUAACGUAUUCCACAAGUACCCUGCGCAGGGUGCUUGUGGAAUACGUUAGCGGAACGAGACUAGACACAUUAUAUCAUACAGAAAAGAAGA